AUGAGGCUGAAUUCAGGUCAAGAUACUGGUGCUGCCACCGCCAAGUCCGGACGGCGCAAGCUCAGACCAGGCGAGCCAAGUGAAUGGAGCCAGAGGCCUGACGAUGCAGCUCCUCCACCUCACACUCGCGGUUCGGUCCAAAUCCAGAGACGACUGGAUCCAACGCAGGCACCGUCAAAACCACAAUUGACGACUCGCAGGCGAGAACACACCAGCUCAAAAGCCGUGGAUGCUUCUGCGCCCGGUCCGCCGCCCGCGACUUCUGCUGCUGCUGUUGCCGCCGCCGUUGCUGCAGGUGGUCGUUCCAACACCGCUCCAUGGCAGCCAGGUCUGGCCAGAGUCGCUUCAGAAACUUACCGUCGACCAAGCACGCUGCACAUGGAUUCGUACGACGGAGAGGAUGAGUCUGCCAACGAGCAACAACCUCCGCGCCGUACGAGGAGAAACUCUUCUCCCAACUACCCUCGACGCCGGCUUAUGCCGGGAGCGUAUUCUGAGGCCUCGACACACAGGUCACCCAGCGUCUCAUCCUACGGCGGCAAUGAAGAUGAUGGCCUGGAGGUGGAGGAAGUACUGCCUGACGCAGCGUCUCGUCAUAGCAGACGGCGUGUGCCAAGCCAUGACGACUAUCUUGAUUCCUCACUUGACAAAGACCGCUUCCGAAAAAGAUUUACACCGCAGCGGUAUUAUUCCGACAACGAGCAAGACUCUGAUUCCCCGCUAUCGGACAGUGAAGCGGCCUCUUCACAUACGCGAGAGUCCUCCAGAGUGCGUGAGAGGAGCGAGUCGCGCCACAAGGUCCAGCGUUAUCAAUUGACACAUGCGAUUGAAGGCUCGCGCCCAGAGGGCUCACGCCCGCCUCCAAUGUCAAGGAAAAGCUCCAAUAACAAAUUGGCCAGGCGUGCUACAUCGACAGGACGAGAUGGCGCAGGUUAUAGAUCGGCAGGGUCGGCAUACGAGGAUCGAGAACCUCUUCCUCGAAGGUCAUUCACCAUGCGAUCGGCUCGCAGUCUUAAUGGCUCGACGUCAGGGCCAGCCCGCAUCCUGGGGGAUGUUUUCGGCAACAGCCUCUCUAGACCUGCAUCACCAGACAAAUUCUUCCAACUUGAGAAACAAAACAAGUUGGAUAAACGAAAGGGAAUUGCAUGCGUCAUCUGUAUGGAAGAUACCUCACCAACAAAGGGGGCAGAUCUCAAGUGCGGUCAUCGAAUGUGCAAUGCGUGCAUGAAACGCAAUUUCGAAAUGUCGAUUCGUGAUCCACAGCACAUGCCCCCGCGCUGCUGCACAAAGGCUCACAUUCCUCUCAAGCAUGUUGAUAAGUUGUUUGAUGAUGCUUUUAAGAGGGCGUGGAAUCGCAAGUUUGCCGAGUAUUCGACAGGCAAUCGAGUCUACUGCCCCUCAAAACGAUGCGGCGAAUGGAUCAAACCCACCAGUUUUUACCGAGGCGAAGAUGGUAGAAGGGUCGCUCGAUGUGGUCGCUGCAAUACCAAGGUUUGUCCAAAGUGCAGUUCGAAGUGGCACAGCUCCCUUGAUUGUCCUCGUGACGAAGAGACGAACAAGUUCCUUGAUCAAGCCAAAGAAGAAGGCUGGAAGAGAUGCUACAAGUGCAAAUCCAUGGUGGAACUCAAAGAAGGAUGCAACCAUAUGACCUGUCGAUGUGGAGCCGAAUUCUGCAUGCUAUGCGGCACCAAAUGGAAGGGAUGUAGCUGUCCAUGGUUCAAUUACGAAAAUGGAAGCAAUCCAUGGCGGAAUAACGCACUAGAUGAUUUGAAUAUCCCCACAGAAGAUUUACGAAAGAUCCUUCGAAACAAUAGGCCAAGUUCCAUGGAAGAUUUGCGAACAUAUUCGAGACCCACUGCCUCGAUGCCUGUACGAGCAAGGCCUCAGGAUUAUGAAGACGAGACGCUUCUUCGCCGAUUCCAAGAGCAGCGCAAUGGAAAUUCAUCAAAGAAAAUGCAGCACGAAGACGAAUAUGACCAUGAGUAUGAUGAAGAGCGCGAAGAUGAACGCGAAUAUGAACGCGAAAAAGACCGCGGUCAUGGCCGCGAUCGCCAUCGAGACCGAAAACGUGACCGAAACCGAAAACAUGGUCGAGAUCGCGAACGAGAUCGCGAGCGUGAACGAGAGCGUGAGCGCGAGAAUCCUUUCGCUCCCAUCUCUGCUCCUAUGACACCAGAUGUAGAGGAGGAUGAAAUGGACUAUGGAUUCCCUAGCGGCAAGUACCAUCCAGCUGAGGAUUACAGACGAACAAGUAUGCCGGCCCUAUCUACCACUGCUCCAAUGGCCCAGCCGCCGCAACCUUACGGUGGCUAUGUUUCUGAAGUCAAUCGGGCGAGGGGUCCGCAGCGCAGUGACUCUAUGGAGCAGCGCCUGGCUGAUCGAUUGUCGGAGAACCGCUCAGGGCGCCGAUCGACAGGGCCGUCUCCGCCAGCCCCUGUCAUGCGACCUCAUGUUAUUCACCAGAGAGAUGCUGCUACAGAUAUGGGCAUAGGCAUGGCGAUGAGUGCGAUGGGUGCGAUGGGUAGGGGUGCUAUGCCGCCACCAUCGGCUUAUGCCCCAAUGCCAGCGAUGCCUCCUCCAGGAAUGAUGAGGCCGAAUCCCUUUGGAGGGGAUGCGUACUACGACAAUGCGUAUACAACAGCACCAAAGUCUGUACACGAUCCGUACUACUACGGAGGCAUGGAUGCUGCUGAGCCUGAGCUCCCCGACCCCCGCCGCAGAUCACGACGUAGUGGUGAAGAGCGUGAGAGACCCAAGUCAUCAACCCUGGCAGGAUUAACUGGAUAUGGACGGGGCGCUCACCGUGUGUCCGAGUGGAGAAACUUUGUUGUGCCGGGCUUUCCUAAUGAGGCAGAGUGA